AAUCCCUCUAGUUUGGUACUGGUUUGUUAGAUUAUGUGUAGCAUACAUGUUAUUUCGCUUGGAUGUUGCAAUGGGUUUUAGAUUUCAGUUCUUAUAGGAUUUAGUUUACCUUGAUAUUAUUUUACAAGCUAAUUCACUCCAUAACUUGAACGAUACUUUUCUCUUCUUUUUUUUUCCUCCUUUUCCCACUCUGUUUUUCCUCCAGGUCAUUACAAGAAUGAAAAAUGAUUUAAUUAAGUUGUUCCCAAAAAGUUAUUUGAUAAAGUUGAAGUGAUUAAUAUCUUGUUUGAGGAUUUAGACUUCUCUUUCUUUUUCUGGAAAAUAUGAUUUACUGGUUUAACUUUCAAAUAUGUUUCAAGAAAGUUUUACUAAUCCCUCUGUUAAGUUUCCCUUUGAAAUGUAAUUCCCUUCCACUAUUUUUUCUCUCUUUUGUUUAUUUAAGUUUUAGAUUAGUUGAUUAGCUGGUUUCAUAUUUGUGUGCAAAGUAUGCCUGAGUAUCUAUUUUAGAUUAGUUUCAAGUUGUGACGAGUAGUCGAUAGUUUAUUUUGGGUCAUGAAUUUAUCACACUCAGUUGUUCUGCCAUUCCUUGGUGUACCUCCGUCUUUAAGAUUCCGUAUUUACUUUUUGUUUCAUGUUUCAGUUGGAUAGGUAAGCUCAUGGUUCAGUUUCCGCAUUUAGAUUUAGAGUUAAUUAAAUUGCUAAAUUUACGGAAUUUUUAUGUGUUUGAACUCUGCAUAAUAUGUAGCUAUGGUUCAAAAGUUGAUCCUUUGCCUUAUUUGUUUAAGUCUAGUUCUGUUUGUUUGGGAUUUCAAAAUAUUUUCCAGUUAAGUUUGACUUAGUUGUUAGACCUGUUCACAUGGAUUGAAUCUUGAUAGAUUACAUGUUUAUUUUAAAAAUAUGUAGCAACUCUCAUUGUUUCAGAUUUCAUGAUAAGUGCUAUGUUUAUUUUUCCAUAUAAAAUUCAUAUUAUAUUGUAAGGAUGUUGUUAUAGUUCAUGUUUUCUCCCAAGAUAUGCAUAUUUUGGAUUAGUUCUAAACCACCCUUAGCAUGUCCAAAUAGUUCAAAUUAUUUUUCCCCUUUUUACAUGUGUAUGAUUGAGAUACUGAACUUAUAUGCAGACUUUAACCUUAAUAAUGUAUCAUAUGAUUUUGUAUUGAUGUUGAUGUAAACUCAGUUUGUUGAGAACUCUAUUUGAUUCAUUAUUUUCCGUCGUUUAAGUAUGAGGCUGAAAGUGUAUGGUUUUAAUAUCUUGUUUGGUCACUGUUUUUAGUAGUAAACCUGGUCUGAGUGUAUUUCCUUUCGAAUUUAACUUGACAAAUCCCUAUAAUUUGGUCUGAUGUUGAGAGUUGUCUUGAGAAUCUAUUUUGGUUGGGAUUACCUUUCCUCAAUACUAUAGAGUACAUUUUCCAGAAACUAAACGAGAGGAUUAUCCCUUAAUGACAUAUGACUGCCCCCUUUCUUUCCUAUACAUGCUAGUGUAAUCUGAACCAGUGAAAUUAAAAGCGCGCUUAAGGCGCGCCUAAGCGCAAAAGCGCGGCACAACACAACUUUGGCGCUCCACCUAACCUGAAGCGAGGCGCGUGUGGUCAGAGAGCCUUUAAUUUUAUUUUUUUAAAUUACAGUAGGUGUCUGUCACAGUUCCCUAAGGGAGUAAAUUAGAGUUUUCAAGAAAAAUAGAAAGAGAUGGAAUAUUAUAAGAAGGCAGAGAAGUUUGAAGCUCAACAGAAUAAGACAAGAUCAGCUUUUGGACAACUGAAACGGCAAGCCUUCAUCACAGAAUGGCAGAGGACUUGUCUAAAGGCAAUCGAAGGGAUCCUGGCUGGAAAUAUAAUCAUUUGCAGAAUCCUAAUGACACUACAAGAGUCACAUGCAAUUUUUGUGGAAAAACAACCAGGGGUGGAAUUAAUAGGGCAAAACAACAUUUGAUUGGGAACUUUAGGAAUACAGCAAAGUGUUUAAAUUGCCCACAGGAGGUUAGAGAUGAAUUGAGAAAUUACAUGGAGGAGAAAAUUAAGAAAGGAAGUCUAUACUAAUGAAUUUUCUGGAUUUGAUGAGUUUGAUUAUCAAGACGAUGUCGGUGGAGAAGAUGAAGUCCAAGAGAUCAUUCAUAAGAAAAGAGGUGGAGGAAGCUUUCCUAGUAGCACUAGUAAGAAAUUGGCCAAAGGAAAGGGACCCAUGGAUGUGUUUCUACAAAGGCAAGGAACACUUAGGCAAGAAAAUAUCAAAGAUUCAUAUGAUAAAGAAGCAAGAGCAAUGACAAUUCAAAAAGUUGCUCUUCUUUUACGAUAAUGGGAUCCCAUUCAAUGUUGCUCGCUCAAAAAGUUUUAAGGAAGCAAUUGAGGUUGUAGGAAGGUAUUGUCCAAACUUGAAGCCUCCAAGUUACCACGAAUUAAGGGUUCCGUUACUUAGGAAGGAGGUUGAGUUGACCAAUGAGAUUAUAAACAAACAUAGACAAGAAUGGCUGAAGUAUGGAUGUUCCAUUAUGGCAGAUGGAUGGUCAGAUAGAAAACAAAGAACUUUGAUAAACUUUUUGGUGAAUUCUCCGUAUGGAACAGUGUUCAUGGAGUCGAUAGAUUCUUCCUCAUUUGUUAAGACUGGAGAGAAGUUAUGUGAAUUGCUUGAUAGAUACGUGGAGCGCGUUGGAGAGCAGAAUGUGGUUCAGGUUAUAAGUGAUAAUGGCAGCAACUUUGUGUUGGCUGGUCAGCUCUUACAGAGAAAAAGAAGACACAUAUAUUGGACUCUGUGUGCAGCCCAUUGUAUAGAUCUUAUGUUAGAAGACAUCGGGAAGAUUCCAAACAUUAAGAAGACCCUUCAAAGAGCAAUCGCCCUUGUCGGUUUCAUUUAUGGGCACUCAGGAGUCUUAAAUAUGAUGAGAGAUUUCACAAAAAAUAAAGAGUUGGUGAAAUGUGGGAUUACUCGAUUUGCAACAAGUUUUUUGACUUUGCAACGAUUGCAUUGUCAAAAAACUAAUUUGCGAGCAAUGUUUACAUCUGACAAAUGGAUGAUUAGUAGAUGGUCUAAGUUACCAAAGGGACAAUCUGUAGCUCAUACCGUCUUGAUGACAACAUUCUGGAACCAGGUUGUGUAUAUUUUGAAAAUCAUGGGGCCUCUUGUUAAAGUGUUGCGAUUAGCUGAUAAUGAGAAAAAACCCGCAAUGGGGUACAUUUAUGAAGCCAUGGAUAGAGUUAAGGAGGCUAUUGCAAAGGCAUUUGAAGGGAAUAUUGCAAAGUACAAAGAUAUCUUUAAGAUUAUUGAUGAAAGAUGGCAAUGCCAAUUGCAUCAUCCAUUACAUGCAGCUGGGCAUUAUCUAAAUCCAGAGUUCUUCUAUCAAAAUCCAGCUAUUGAAAAUUGUACAGAAGCAACAGAUGGGUUGUAUGCUUGUAUUGAAAAAUUGGUUCCAAGCACUGAAGUUCAAGACAAGAUUAUGUCGGAGAUACCACUGUACACUAAAGCUGAACAACAAUUUGGCCUUCCGAUUGCAAAAAGAUCUAGAACAACAAGAUCUCCUGUUGAAUGGUGGAAUUUAUAUGGUAAUUCGGCUCCUCAUCUCCAAAAAUUAGCUAUUAGAAUUUUGGGUUUAACGGCUAGUGCUGCUCGAUGCGAGCGUAAUUGGAGCGUAUUUGAGCAUAUCCAUACCACAAAAAAAGGAACAGACUGGAGCACCAAAGAUUGAAUGAUCUGGUGUAUGUCAAGUACAAUCGAGCUUUAAAAGCCCGUUAUGACUUGCAGAGUGUUAUUGAUCCAAUCUCUUUGGAUAACAUUGAC